GCGGCGUUCGGCGGAGGCUGCGAUGAGCUGAAAGAGGCGCUGCCCCGAGGAGCGAUCCUGGGACGCCGCCGCUUCCUUGCAUGCAGCUGGCCGCGCCGCGUCUCUUUUCGAGGCGGCCAGAGAAGCGGGAGAUCAUGAUUCUGACACAAAUUGAGGCCAAGGAAGCAUGCGAUUGGCUCCGGGCAGCAGGGUUCCCACAGUAUGCUCAGCUCUAUGAAGAUCUUAUAUUUCCCAUUGACAUCGCUUCAGUCAAGAGAGAGCACGACUUUUUGGACAGAGAUGCCACUGAAGCCUUGUGCAGGCGUUUAAAUACUUUAAACAAAUGUGCAGCAAUGAAGCUAGAAAUCAGUCCACACAGGAAAUGGAGUGAAGAUUCUGAUGAAGAUGAGCCUUGUGCAAUAAGUGGCAAAUGGACAUUCCAGAGGGACAGCAAGAGGUGGUCCAGGCUGGAGGAAUUUAAUGUGUUCCCUCCUAAGCAGACUCCAAACGCCACAUCCCCAGAGGAGGCUCAGCUUAGCAGUGCCGCCAGCCAUGAAAGUGUGCUGACAGACCUCAGUGAACACCAAGAGAUCGUUUCCGUCCACAGCAUCAGCAGCGGCAGCAGUCAUCCAGCCGCCUCCCCAAGCGAAGCAGCCACCACCAGAACCAAUUCCGUCAUUAGCGUUGGCUCAUCAGGCAACCUUGUGGCCAAUGAAGACUCCUUCAGCAGUUUGCCUUCUCCCAAAGAGCUGUCGAAUUUCAGCUUCAACGGAAAAACAACUGAGAAGAACACCAAGUCCAAAACAAGAAGCCUUUUAAAGAGGAUGGAGAGCCUAAAAAUUAAAAGCUCCCAUCACGGUAAAAACAAAGCCCCUUCAAAACUUGGCCUCAUUAUCAGUGGUCCCAUCCUGCAAGAAGGCAUGGAUGAAGAGAAGCUGAAGCAACUCAAUUGCAUCGAGAUCUCUGCUCUCAAUGGCAAUCACAUCAACGUCCCUAUGGUACGGAAAAGGAGCGUCUCCAAUUCCACCCAGACGAGCAGUAGCAGCAGCCAAUCAGAGACGAGCAGUGCAGUCAGCACCCCAAGCCCCGUCACGAGGACACGUAGUCUUAGCGCAUACAACAAAAGAGUGGGAAUGUAUCUAGAAGGUUUUGACCCAUUCAACCAGUCGACAUUCAACGAUGUCAUAGAGCAGAAUUUUAAAAACAGAGAGAGCUUUGCGGAAGAUACUGUCUUUUUCAUUCCUGAGGACCACAAACCCGGAACCUUCCCCAAAGCACUCUCCAAUGGCAACGUUUCUCCGUCAGAGAGCAGCACCUCCGUGAACUGGAGAACAGGAAGCUUUCACGGGCACGGGCAUCUUGCCCUCCGGAGAGAGAACAGCUCCGACAGCUCCAAAGAUCUGAGCAUUGGGAAAAGGCGCAGUUCCUCCAGCUCCAUGUGCAGUCGCCUCAGCAUUUAUGAUAAUGUGCCAGGCUCCUUCCUGUAUUCCAGCACAGGUGACCUGGCUGACCUUGAGAACGAAGACCUUUUCCCCGAGCUUGAUGACAUUCUGUAUCAUGUAAAAGGCAUGCAGAAGAUAGUGAACCAGUGGUCAGAGAAGUUUUCUGACGAAGGGGACUCUGAUUCAGCCCUCGAUUCGGUUUCCCCAUGCCCUUCCUCUCCCAAACAGAUUCUCCUUGACGUGGACAAUGAUAGAACAAUAGCCAGUGAUCUUGAUAGCACGGGAAAUUCUCUGAAUGAUGCAGAAGAAUCCACAGGAAUCCAGGAAAGAAGAGACUCUGGGGUGGGGGCAUCGUUGACGCGCUCAAACAGGCACCGAAUGAGAUGGCACAGCUUCCAGACCUCGCACCGGCCCAGCUUAAGCUCAGCAUCUUUACAGAUCGACUGUCAGUCCGUGGUGCAGAUGAACCUGCUGCAAAAAUACUCCCUCCUGAAGUUAACUGCCCUUUUGGAGAGAUACACGCCUUCCAAUAAACAUGGCUUCAGCUGGGCUGUGCCAAAGUUUAUGAAGAGAAUAAAGGUCCCUGAUUAUAAAGACCGAAAUGUGUUUGGAGUUCCCCUCACAGUUAAUGUCCAGCGUACUGGUGAGCCUCUUCCACACAGUAUUCAGCAAGCCAUGCGGUACCUUCGCAACCAGUGCCUGGAUCAGGUUGGGCUUUUCCGAAAGUCUGGAGUCAAGUCAAGAAUCCAGGCUUUGCGACAGAUGAAUGAGAACUCCGUGGGCAAAGUCAGCUACGAGGGCCAGUCUGCUUACGAUGUGGCAGACAUGCUGAAGCAGUUUUUCCGCGAUCUGCCAGAACCGCUCAUGACCAACAAGCUUUCAGAGACUUUCUUACAGAUCUACCAGUAUGUGCCAAAGGACCAGCAUCUCCAGGCAAUCAAGGCAGCCAUUAUGCUUCUCCCAGAUGAGAACAGGGAGGUUCUUCAGAUUCUCCUUUAUUUCUUGAGUGAUGUCACGGCUGCUGUGAAGGAAAACCAGAUGACGCCGACAAACCUUGCUGUGUGUUUAGCACCUUCUCUUUUCCACUUGAACACCCUCAAGAGGGAAAAUUCUUCUCCAAGGCAAGUCUCCAGGGUGAUGCAGAGGAAACAGAGUCUAGGAAAACCUGAUCAGAAAGAUUUAAAUGAGAAUUUGGCUGCAACGCAGGGCCUGGGUCACAUGAUUGCAGAGUGUAAGAAACUCUUUCAGAUCCCUGAAGAAAUGAGCAGAUGUCGGAAUUCCUACACAGAGCAAGAUCUCAGGCCACUGAGCUUGGAGGAACUAGGUCGAAAUAGCAACUCUGAGCCUGCAGACUAUCAUCCAUACAUCCAGGACUGUAUGGAUGAUUUGCUGAAAGAGAUUAAGGACAAAUUUAAAGGCUGGGUCAACUGUUCCACCUCAGAGCAAGCAGAGCUUGCUUACAAGAAGGUAUGUGAGGGUCCACCUCUCCGCUUGUGGAAGUCUACAAUUGAAAUCCCUGCAGUUCCCGAAGAGGUCUUAAACCGUAUACUUAAAGAACAGCACCUUUGGGAUGAGGAUCUUUUAGAUGCCAAAGUGAUUGAGACUUUGGACAGCCAGACUGAUAUAUACCAGUAUGUACAAAACAGCAUGGCACCGCAUCCAGCCAGGGACCAUGUAGUCUUAAGGACUUGGAGAACAAACUUAUCUAAGGGAGCUUGCGCUCUUCUGUGCUCGUCCGUGGAACACGAUCGUGCUUCAGUCCUUGGCGUGAGAGUAAAUGUGCUUUUGUCCAGGUAUCUCAUUGAGCCAUGCAGUUCAGGAAAAUCCAAACUUACCUACAUGUGUAGAAUUGAUUUAAGGGGGCACAAGCCUGACUGGUAUGCAAAGGCUUUUGGACAUUUAUGUGCGGCUAAAGUUGUGAAGAUCAGAGAUUCUUUCAGUAAGCAGAAUGUUGAGAGUAAGGAAGCAAAAUCCAGGUGACUACUGAAGUGGACCAACCCUACAUUCAACCCAUCGCCACCGGUGUGCAUAGAUAUACCCAGGAGCUGGUGAUUGUCUGCUGCAGAAUGGCUCACAGUGUGGCCUGUGAAGUUCUCACGUGAACCAAGAGUAUCUGGAAUUGUUCUGCUCUUCUCACUCAAAAGGCUGUGGCAAUAACCAUGCAUUUUAAAGCUGCUGCUUCCUGUCGGUGUUAGGUCUAUCGUGUAGGCCUUGACUGGAAU